CUCCGGAGUACAAUCAAAGCUUGGGAUCCACUUCCAUGCUCACUCUGCAAGUUACUCAUCGGCGAAGGUGUUGGGGUCAAUUGUCGUCGCUGGGGUUGGGUUCUCGUUAAUUUCCGCGAACAUAUACAUAAUCGCUCGCAUUCAGCGAUGCAGGUAAUUCAAAGCCUUUUCCCUUCUCCUUGAAUCUUUCUCAUUGCGUCCUGGACAUACCAUCAACAUGCCGUUCGUUGAACCACCUCCCCCCGAGACGAACAGCGCCUUCGCCCAGAUUGCAAAUGCAGAUCUGGAAGUACUGUUAAAACAGCUCACACUAGACGAAAAGGUCGCACUUCUGACGGGCGACGACUUCUGGCACACGGUCGCCAUUCCCCGCCUCGGAAUCCCAUCGAUUCGACUGUCUGAUGGCCCGAACGGCGUCCGCGGCACGCGCUUCUUCGGCAGCGUCCCGGCAGCCUGCCUACCGUGCGGAACCGCUCUAGGAGCCACAUUCGAUAGGGAUCUAGCCGAGGAGGUGGGUGGUCUGCUGGCGGAUGAGGCCAAAGCCAAAGGCGCCCACGUCAUCCUUGGCCCAACCAUCAACAUCCAACGCGGGCCCUUGGGCGGGCGAGGGUUUGAGUCGUACUCCGAAGACCCUCUUCUCUCGGGCAUAAUGGCUGGCCAUUACUGCAAGGGACUGCAGCAGAAGAACAUCAGUGCCACCCUCAAGCACUUUGUAUGUAACGACCAGGAGCACGAGCGCAUGGCCGUCAACUCGAUUGUCACAGACCGGGCCAUGCGGGAGAUUUAUCUCCUCCCUUUCAUGCUUGCAAUCGGGGUGGAGAAACCAGACGCGAUCAUGACGGCCUACAACAAAGUCAACGGUAUCCACGCCUCCGAGAGUCCAAACCUCCUGCAAGACAUUUUGCGGGGCGAAUGGGGCUGGGACGGGCUGCUGAUGAGUGACUGGUUCGGUACCUACAGCACAUCCGAGGCCGUCCAGGCGGGCCUGGAUCUGGAAAUGCCGGGUCCCUCCAGAUGGCGUGGCAGUGCUCUUACCCACGCAAUCACCGCCAACAAAGUUUCCACGGCCACGCUAGAUGCUCGCGUGCGAGCUGUUUUGACGCUUAUACAGAAAGCCAGCAGAUCCGGGAUCCCUGAGCAUGCACCAGAACAACAGCUCAACCGCGAGGAAGAUAGACAGCUUCUGAGAAAGAUCGCGGCAGAGGCAAUUGUCUUACUCAAGAACGAGAACAGCAUCCUUCCGUUGAACAAACACAAGAAGAUCGCUGUGAUCGGUCCCAAUUCGAAGAUUGCGACCUAUUGCGGCGGUGGUAGUGCUGCGCUGAACCCAUAUGAGGCCAUUUCACCGUUUGAGGGCAUCACACAUGUAGCUCAAGCUGACGUCGAGUUUGCACAAGGCGUGUACGGUCAUCAUAUGCUGCCCUUGCUCGGCAAGCGGCUACAGACCAGCGAUGGCCAAAUGGGCUUCACCCUAAGGAUCUUCAACGACCCACCAACCGUUCUCACCAGGCAGCCACUAGAAGUCAGACACGAGACGGACGCCCAGGUCUUCUUUCUGGACUACAACCAUCCCGAACUGCAAUCAGUGUGGUAUGCUGAAGCCGAAGGCGACUUCAUCCCUGAAGAGUCUGGACUGUAUGACUUCGGUCUCUGCGUCCGUGGCACCGGAAAGCUCUACGUGGACGGAAAUCUGCUGGUGAACAACGCCGACGUACAGCGACCGGGGCCCAGCUUCCUCGGAAGCGGCACAAUGGAGGAAACUGGCACGCUAGACCUUGUAGCCGGCAGAUCCUACAGGGUUCAGGUGCAAUGGGGAUGCGCCAAGACUGCAAAAUUCAAGAUUCCCGGCGUGGUAGACUUUGGACAUGGCGGGUUUCGAUUCGGUGCAUGCAAGCAGCUGUCCCCUCAGGAAGGAAUUGAGCAGGCGGUGGAGCUAGCUGCCAGUGUAGACCAGGUGAUCCUCGUGGCCGGGCUGAGCGCUGAGUGGGAAUCAGAGGGCGAGGAUCGAACCAGCAUGAGCUUACCACCGCACACCGACGAACUGAUCUCACGGGUACUCGAGGCGAAUCCCGACACAGUCAUUGUCGUGCAAAGCGGAACACCAGUUGAGAUGCCAUGGAUUGACAAAGCCAAAGCUGUUGUGCAUGCAUGGUAUGGGGGUAACGAGACGGGCAAUGGUCUGGCCGAUGUCAUUUUCGGUGACGUGAACCCGUCCGGUAAACUUCCUUUGACCUUCCCCCGCCGUCUGAAAGACAACCCCACAUACUUCAACUUCCGCUCCGAAGGCGGCCGAGUCCUUUAUGGAGAGGACGUGUACGUCGGAUACAGAUUCUAUGACGAAGCGGAGAUCGAGCCGUUGUUUCCUUUCGGACAUGGUCUUUCUUACACCACGUUCGUACUGUCAGACCUGUGCCUGGAGCAGAAUGCAGAUAACAACGUUCAUGUACGCUGCAAGGUGCGCAACACCGGCACAAAGGCUGGCGCAGAAGUGAUCCAGGUGUACGUGGCUCCAGUACAAGCUCCACUCAAGCGUCCUCAGAAGGAACUCAAGGGAUUCCGGAAGAUCCGUUUGGAACCUGAUGCAGAGGAGACAGUCACAAUCCCGCUUGAUCUGGUACGCGCAACCAGCUUCUGGGACGAGAAGGCCAGCGUUUGGUGUAGUCACAGUGGUACAUAUCAGAUUCUGGUUGGCACCAGUAGCCGUGGACAUUUCCUGGAGGCUUCCGUGGACGUGGAAGAGACGACAUUCUGGUCUGGAGUCUGA